GCGGCGUCUUCGGCCCAGGCCAGGUCCAGGUCCGGCUCGGCUCCAUCUUGGGCCGCUGCGCCGAGCACCUGUGGCGGCCACAGGAGCAGCGCUUCCGCCGGCCUCCGCGGCCCCGGGCGGGCAAGAGGGUAGCCAUGAGAUCCAGCCGUCCUGAGCCGGAUGCCCCGGAACCCCUCAGUGCCCGCCCUCAGCCCCUGUCCCGAAGUUCCUCCAGCCUGCUGGGCGAAGGCCGGGGGCAGAGGCCAGAGUAUCACAAGAGGGCCAGCAGCACUGUAUGGCAGGCCCAGCUGGGCGAAGCCAGCCCUGGUGCCCAGGUCCCGGAGGAGGAGGGGCAGCAGGCUGAGCGCAUGCAGCAGGCACGGGCCUCCAGCCCCCAACCGCGGCCCAGUGCCGUGGGCCACUGGCGUAGCAGCACUGUGGGCAACGUGUCCGCCAUGGGCAGUAGUGACCUGUGUUACCCGCGGGACCCCAGCGCCACCGCUGUGCAGAGGAGCCACUCGGACCUGGUUCGCAGCACCCAGAGCCGGGGCCACAGUGGUGCUCGAAAGGCCAGCCUCAGCUGCUCAGUCCUGGGCAGCUCGCCUGUCCAUAGGGCUCGGCUGCAGCCCAGCAGCACCUCUGGCCAGAGUGGCCAGACCCCUGCAGGCUUGGAAAGGGACCUGGCUCCGGAGGACAAGACUUCAAACUCAGCCUGGACACUGAAGAGUCAGGAGGGGGUGCCACCAGCUGCCCUGGGAGGCACAGUGACCCACAGCAGCAGCCCCAAAGCCACCGGCCAGUCGGCCACCACCUCCUGCCAUUCGUUGUCUCCAGCAGCCCUACUCUGUGGCAUGAGGGAGGUGGGGGCCAGCAGUUGCUGCCAUGGCUUGCCUGCCCCAGGGAUUCUGGCCUUUCCCAAACUAGUGACUUCAGUGAGUGAAUCUAGGCUGCAGGCUCAGCAUGGGGUGAAACUCCAGUGUAGGUUUUCUGGGGGGCUUCCUGGGCAUUCCCACUGCUGUGCCCACCCUUGGGGUCCCACCGGGUUAGCCAUGGAGCCUAGUGCCAGGACCAAGGAUAUGUGGACCAUGACCUCAGCAAGUGACUUGGCCCCAGUCUUGGCUUCCCCUCUGUCAGCCCAGGAUGCUGGUGUGCAAGCAGCCCCCAAGGCAGUCUGCAAGGCAGUGGCCACUAGUCCACCUCUGGAAGCCCCCGUGGCCCUGCACAUGUUCCCUGAGGUGACUCUGGAGUCCAGCCUGGCAGAGGCGCCAUCUCCCGUGCGGGACGUACGGUGGGAUGCUGAGGGCAUGACGUGGGAGGUGUAUGGAGCUGCAGUGGACCCGGAGGUGCUUGGUGUGGCCAUCCAGAAGCACCUGGAGAUGCAGUUUGAGCAGCUGCAGCGGGCCCCUGCCAGCGAGGACAGCCUGUCUGCUGAGGGUAGAAGGGGGCCACUUCGAGCUGUCAUGCAGUCCCUGCGGUGCCCCAGCUGCUGUGGCUGCUCCAGUGCAGCCCCUGAGUGAGGAGCUGCAGCCCCUGGAGCUGCCUGGGGUGCAUGGACUCAGCCCCAGGGACAGUUGGGUCCCCAUGCUCUUUGGAUCCACAGGCACCCACCGACAUGUCUCUGUCCUCUGCUGCCUGCAGAUCACAGGACUGCAGUCUGUGGGUUCCCUGCCCCCGGCAGAUGGGCUAGUUUUUAAGGGCUUGAUUCCCAAGAGCCACAUGUGCGCUCUGAACUUUGGGACAGUUUCAACACUGUGCAUAAGGGGGAUCCUGACUUCUCUGUAAAAACUCUUGACCUUCUAUCCAGUCUCUGUUCAGAACUCUGCCAUGAUUUCCCCCAGGCCUCUUUGUGGCUUUAUUUUCACAGCAGUGCUGAGAUACAACAAAUUCCUGACAUAAGAGGUGGGAUCUCAAGUGGCAAGGGCUGUCUAAGUCUUCAGGGAAGGGAACUGACAUUGUCGAGGCUUCCUGUGUGCCACACGCUUGUCAACUCACUCUCCUGAGUCUUCACCAUGUUUUAUAGACAUAACCACAGACAUUUGGCAAGACUGCAGCUGCCAUGCCCAGGUUGGACAGCUCGCGGUGGUGGGCUAAGAGCACAGCCGGGGGCUGGCUGAAGCCUGGAGUGUUUUCCUGCAGCAUGUGGUUGGCAGAGCAGGGCAAUUGUGAACAAGAAUUUAUUGAGCCCAUAUUCAGUGCCAGGUUUUGUGGAUUCCUUGGGGAAGAAGCUGCCUGUGCCCUUGUUGAGCUCACAGUAUGUGGGACGGGAGGGCUCUGAGCAUUAUAGAGGGCUGCAGGGUACUUCUCGGAGCCAACCCCCUGGUAGAUCAUUGUGUUAGGGUCUGGCAAAGGUUAGUGCCCUGCUGAGAGUCACUUGGCAUGAGAAGUUGGAGUCAGGACCCACAUGUAGCCCUGCCCAUGACAUGGUCCUGUUCCUGGGCCCCUUCUGCACCCAGGAUCCCAGAAUCUGACAGCCAGCAUACUCCCCAUCUCCAGGGACCAGUACUCUUGAGGUGGAAAUGGCUCGCAACAGUGGGUUAACUUUUAAAGCAGUAGUGACCACAGGCCAGAGAAACCAGGUGAGAAAGGCAUGUUUCAGGUCAGAAAGCAUCCCAGGACCCAGCAUGGGGCUUCCAUAUUCCAGAAUGUGACUUUCUCACUCCCAGCUGAGGCUGGGUAAGCUGCCACUCGUGCUUGAAAAUGACAGCAGGUCAGAGCUGCUUCUGAGGGUGGGCCUGGGGCAAAGGGGUGGUGUGGUGUGCAGGAGGGGACUUUAUCUCCCUUUUAAAAUGUGAUCAAGCAGGUUGUCAUGCAGUCAUG